AUGCUGCCUCUUCUGCUCAUCUGUCUCCUUCCUCACACUGAUGGAAAGAACUGUUUCCUCUGCUGGCCAGAGCUGCCCCCCUUAGUAGACUAUGACCUGCAGAUUCUCUGGGGUACCCCACAGCCACCAACAGAACUCACCCAAAGCCUUCACUCCCUCUUCACAGAGGAGAAUAAUAUCCUUAAACCUCAUUUUCUUGAUCGUGACCAUCUGGAAGAAGAGACAGCCAAAUUCUUCAAUCAAGUAGACCAAGCCAUUAGGAAGUUACGGGAUGAUAAAGCGGUACUUCUGGAAGAGAUCCAUUUGCAGAAGACCCUCUUUUCUGAGAAGCUGAAUGAAAGAUACAAGGAGCUGAAGGAGAAGGCCUGCAAUAAGUCCUGUGACAUACACUCCACAUUGGAGGUCACAGAAUGUGCUGACUGCAGGACUCACUUCCUCUCCUGUAAUGACCCCGCCAUCUGCCCAGCCAGAAACCCGGAGAUCUUCAAGUGGGCUCUGAGCCUCGGCCUGGCUCUACUCCUGGCCAUAGCUGGAGAUUUUACUUUUUCUGGCACAGGAGGAAGAAGAAGGAGCAAGAAAAGGUACUACAAAAGGAGGCCCCUGAUAGAUUCUAGGGCUUCCGAGGAGGGAAAAGCUAAAGAGCUGGAUGUGCCCAUGGGGAGGAGGGCCUAG